AUGACAAAACUCGCCACCGACAUCCUCAACCUCCUCAGCCACACCACGCACACCCUGAACCAACUAACCUCACCGCGGCAGCAAGCGCUCCUCCCCACGGAGCAAUCCCGUCUCGCUCUCCAGCAACUCGUCGCGACAGCCGAAGGCGCCGCAAAGCUCACCGAGGUAGCGCACCUGGAGGCGCUCACAGCGCACGGCGGAGCGGCCGCAGCAGCAGCAGGGAGCGGUGCGAUCACAGAGAAGAUUAUCCGUGCCGAGGCGGAGAGGGCAAAGAGCGAGACGGAGCGGCUGAAGGCGGAGGCGGGGAAGGUGGGUAAGGAGGCUGAGCGGACGGUCGCCGAGACGGAGAGGUUGAAGGCGGAAGCGAUGGUGGUGAGGAGUGAGAAGAUGAGGAUCGAUGCUGAGACGGAGGGGAGGAGGGCAGUGACGGAGGGAGUGGCGGCGGAGACGGAGAGGGUGAAGGUCGAGGCGGAUAAGGAUAGGAACGAGGUGGGGGCUGUGGUGGCGGAGACGGAGAGGGUGAAGGCGGAGGCGAUGGUUGAGAAGAUGAAGAGUGAUGCGGAGACUAAGAGGGUGAGGGCAGAGGAAGAGAAGAUGGCGGCGGAGACGGAGCGGAUGAGAUGGGAGGCGGAGGCGAAGCGAAUGAAGGUAGAGACGAGGCUCAGAAGGCCGUAA